ACCCAUUCUCGGCUAUCAACAUCUCAUCCCCAAAAUGAACCACUUCAAACACAAAGCCUACAUCGGCACGCACAGCCUCAGCUACGCCCUCCGCGGCCGCGCACGGCAACCCGGCGCCCCACUAAUCAUCAUUCUCACGGGGAUCACAAGCAGCGCAUUGGAAUGGAGCGCAGUCUGCCGACACCUCGAAUCAGAAGCCACCAUCCUCCUCUACGAGCGGUCCGGCUACGGCCUCAGCGACCUCUCGCCCAACGACCCAGACUCCCUCACCAUCGUGGACGAGCUCUCCCGCCUUCUAGCAGCUGCCUCCCUCGAGCCCCCGUACCUCCUCGUCGGCCACUCCUGGGGCGGGAUCCUGGCGCGCGAAUUCAUCGCCGCCCGGCCCGUCGCCGACAUCUGCGGCCUUGUCUUGGUUGACCCGGUGCAGGAACGCAUGCUCUUCGAGACAUGGCCCGAUCCGAGCGUCGCGGCUGUCACAGACGGGUUGGACUACAUGGAGGUGGUCGGGCUGACGCAGGACUAUAAGUUGGCUGAGUCUGAGUGGCGGGAGCUGAUGGCCGAGGAGGCGAGUGCGAAGCAUGCGGCGCAGGCGGAGAAGGAGUUGCCGUUCCUCCAGGUCAGUCGAAAAGUUCUGGCCGAGAAGUGGCAGCUGGUGUCUGGUCGAAGUUUGUUGGGGGCAAAGCCUGUUAGUGUGUUGAGGGGGAAUUCGAAGCGUGAUCAGGAACGCAUGUAUGAGGCUGGGGUUGCGAAUGGAGGUGGCACGGAGGCCCAGCGGGCGCAGUUCCGCGAGUAUCUGGCGCGGUGGGAUGAGAGUGAGGAACGUUUCCAGCGGGAAUUGUUAAAUUUGUCGAGUACCGCGAGAUUGUCGUAUACGGCGCGGAGUGGGCAUAAUAUCCAGAUCACGGAGCCGGAUCGCGUGGCAGAUGAGAUACAUUGGGUGUUGCAGAGGGUUGUGUAGUUAUGUUGAGGAAGUUGUGGACGGU